UGGAGCUCGACACCAAGACUUAUUGACUGAUCGACCGUCAGUCGCAAUGUGACUUUGACUUGGAAGUUUACAGUAAUAGAUUUCUACAGUUCUAUAAUUUUAGUUCAGUGUUUAAGGAGUUCAACUAUUGUAAUUAUUAUUCAAACUCAAGUUCGUCUGUGUAUACUGUGCAACUGUAAUAAAUAUUAUAGAACAGUUCAACAAGUGGUUUCCUCUUUAUAUAAUGACAUCCCACAAGUCUUUUGUCGAUGAAAUAUUUGCAUGCAGCCUAAAUGGGGAUGUGGUACUGCUCCAGAGCGUGGUUAACCAGGGCAUGGUUAAUAAUAAACACUGGAUACACUGCAGAUUGAAGUGCGGAGAUAGUCCUCUUCACGUCGCUGCUCGUCGUGGUAAUCUAGAGAUCGUGAGGUACUUGAUAGAGAAAUGGGAUGGAGAACAUUUGAUAAAUGUAUACAAUAACUUGGGGAAGACAGCUCUUCACGAAGCGGCACAGAACUGUUGUCAUAGAACAGUAAAUUAUCUGCUUCAGCAUGGAGCAGAUGUAAAUCAGAUAAAGAGAAGCGAUUGGACACCUUUGAUGCUUGCUAGCACCAAAUUAGGGUCCAUGGCACUCCAGACUGUACAUGUGUUACUUAAUCAUGAAGCAGAUCCAUAUAUUGUGAAUAAGGAUGGUUGGACUGCUCUCCACAUUGCUUGCAAAAUUGGCCACUGUGAUAUUGUGAAACUCUUGAUAGAAAAUUUUCCAGCAUUGGUCAACAUACAUUCCACCAAUGGUCGAUAUCCCCUCCACACUGCAUCACUUAAUGGUCAUGGUAGUAUUGUCUCUCUUCUCCUCAAGUACAACAGUUCUGCUGUGUCUGCUCGUGACUUGUGUGGCGUCACACCAUUGAUGGAUUCUUGUCAGGGAAACCAUGACAGUGUUGCACUGGUGCUAUUGAAGUGUGGUGCUUCUGUCACUGAAUCUGAUAACAUGGGAUUAACUUGUCUACAUGUGGCAGCUCAGACUGGAAGUUGCAAGGUGAUUCGGAUGCUGAUUGAAGACUUUAAUAUUGAUGUAAAUUUAGUGGCUUCGAAAUCAAAAUUCACGCCACUCCACUGUGCAGCCAGUACCGGGCAACUUGAGGCAGUAAGGAUGCUGUUACUGCAGGGUGCAGACUCUAAACUGAAGGAUGGUCAUGGGCGUCAAGCCCAAGAUGUGUUGUGUUCUGGACCUAAAGGAAAGGACAUCCUUACUGUUCUUCGUGAAUAUGAUCUGUGUGAGAACAAGGCAUAAUGUGUUCCAAUGUUUUUUUUUAUGAUACACUUAUCAUUUAUUUACAUUUUAUGAUGUAGCUGAGAAUAUGGGGUAUACUGUGUUGAGUAGUUGCACAAUCUGAAAAUAUUCUCUGAAGUUACCAUUGGUAAUUUAUAGUAAUCUGCAAUGAUGUUUUCUUGGGUGAUCAGCUGUGUCUGAGCUGUGGAAGAAAAUGCAGACUGUACAUGAUAAGGAAUGUGGUGUAAUAUGCCCAUUGAUUAUGAUGCUGCAAUGGGAAAUGCUGAUAUUCUGAUCUUAUAGGGUUCAAUUUAUAUGUGACAUUUAAAGAACAUGGUGGCAAGUAUACUUAUUUACGGUUAUGAAUAGACAUAGUAUAGAAAUCGUUUCAGAAGUGUGGAGGAGCAACUCCCAAGGUUCCACCAAUAAGAGCCAGGGCAUUACACUGAGGCCCUGCUGGAAGAUUCAUAGGGAGGCAUUUUCCUGAUGUGAACCUUCCAACUGGUAGAAGGAAACAUGCCAGCAGAAGAUGUGUAAUUUGUAUUGAAUAGAAAGAAAAACACAAUAUGCAGUUGCAGUGACUGUAAUGUUUCCUUGUACCCAUCUCCUUGUUUCUGACUGUAUCAUUCCCUUCAAGUGAAGAAGGCAAAGAGGAACUGAAGUAUAAAUAGUGUAAAUAUUAUAAGUAUUGUAGAAUGUAGAACCACUUCUAGGCAGUGGCUUGGUAAACAUGUUCCCACUGCAAUGGAUACACAUGCAACAAUAGAGGUACUAAUUUUCAUUUUGUGCA